UAAUGGACGAUUCGGACGACGAAUAUUCGAGAAGCCACGGGGAAACCCUCACAUUUGUGGAUCCCGAGGACGAUGGAGUCUCUAUUGGGAACACGCAGGACUCUCAGUUCGCCUAUGAGCAGUUUAGUGUGCCUACGCAGAGUUCUCAGGCGACAGAUCUGCUGCCAGGAGGAACCGAUGGAACCACCAACGAUUUGCCAUUUCACGACGUGGAAGACGACGAGUCGGACAGUGAAAAAUCACUGACAGAAGAGCAGCAGCAGCAGAAGCUGCCGGAGCACGCGUGUCGCUAUUGUGGAAUCUCUGAUCCUCUGUGUGUCGCCAAAUGCACAGUCUGCAGGAAAUGGUUCUGUAAUUCCAAUGAUGGAACGUCGGGCGGGCAUAUUGUUCAUCAUAUGGUUCGGAGUCAGCAUAAGGAAGCCUACACGCAUAAGGAUUCACCGUGUGGUGACACUCAAUUGGAAUGCUAUCGUUGUGGUUCGAAAAACGUGUUUAAUCUCGGCUUCAUCCCCGGAAAAAAGGAUCAAGUCGUCGUGAUAAUCUGUAGAACACCGUGCGCCAGUAUUGCAUUCCAGAAUGAUGAUAAUUGGUCGCCCGAGGACUGGAAAUCUGUAAUCGCUGAAAAACAGCUGCUAUCGUGGAUUGUUAAUGUGCCCAGCGAGGAGCAGGUGGCCAGAGCUAGGAAAAUCACUGCUACCCAAGCAGUCCGAAUGGAAGAGCUCUGGCGUGAUCACCCAGAAGCAACCGUUGACGAUUUAAAUAAACCGGGACUCGAUCGAGAACCGGAUCAUGUUCAAUUAAGAUAUGUGGAUGCUCAUCACUAUUCGAAAGUGUUCCGUCCAUUAGUUGCAAUUGAAGCAGAAUAUGAUCGAAGAGUUAAAGAAUCAGCAUCACAAGCAGUCGGAACUGUUAGAUGGGAACAAGGACUUCGUCAAUCGGUUCUCGCGUUCUUUCAUCUUCCACAAUUUGCUGAUGGUGUCAUGAAGCUUGCGAAAGGCGAUGAACUUCGAUUGAAACAUUCUCAGACGGUUGAUGGAUCGGAAUGGACCAAGAUUGGAAGUGUUUUCAAGAUUCCUGAUAACCACGGCGACGAGGUAGGCAUCGAAAUCCGCGGAGCUGUCGACAAAUCAGUGAUGGAGAGUCGGAUUAUGUUCACCGUCGACGUCGUCUGGAACGCCACCACCUUCGAGCGACAGUACAAGGCUCUUGCGGCGCUGCUCAACGACUCCAAAGCAAUAUCUCCAUAUCUCUACCAGAAGCUUCUGGGUCAUCCAGCCGAGGAAAUGAUGCUCAAGUUUGAUCUACCGCGUCGGCUAUCUGUCGCUGGACUCCCCGAGCUUAAUAGCUCCCAGAUGCAGGCAGUGAAGCAGGUGCUCACCCGACCUUUAAGCUUGAUUCAAGGACCUCCGGGAACUGGAAAAACCGUAGUUUCGGCGACAAUCGUCUAUCAUUUGGUGCAGAAAACCGAGGGAAACGUGCUCGUGUGCUCGCCGAGCAACAUCGCCGUCGAUCACUUGGCCGAGAAGAUUCACAAGACGGGAUUGAAGGUUGUGAGGCUUUGUGCGAGAUCUCGAGAGCACAGUGAGACUACAGUACCCUACUUGACGCUUCAACAUCAGCUAAAAGUGAUGGGCGGUGCGGAGCUUCAGAAGCUGAUUCAGUUGAAAGAUGAAGCCGGGGAGCUCGAGUUUAAGGAUGAUUUGAGAUAUAUGCAAUUGAAAAGAGUCAAAGAGCAUGAGCUUCUCGCCGCCGCUGACGUCAUCUGUUGUACGUGCUCAUCGGCGGCUGAUGCGAGAUUGUCGAAGAUCCGUACGAGAACUGUGCUCAUUGAUGAGAGCACACAGGCGACAGAGCCCGAGAUUUUGGUCUCUAUUAUGAGAGGAGUCAGGCAAUUGGUUUUAGUUGGAGAUCACUGUCAACUGGGACCGGUUGUUAUAUGUAAAAAGGCGGCGAUUGCCGGAUUGAGCCAAUCUUUGUUCGAGAGACUUGUGCUUCUCGGUAUUCGACCGUUCCGGCUUCAGGUGCAAUACCGUAUGCAUCCAGUGCUCUCAGAGUUCCCGAGCAACGUGUUUUACGAUGGAAGUCUCCAGAAUGGUGUCACUGAAAACGAUCGCCAUAUGACAGGAGUCGAUUGGCAUUGGCCUAAACCAAAUAAGCCGGCCUUCUUCUGGCAUUGCAGUGGAUCCGAAGAGCUUUCAGCAUCUGGAACCUCAUUUCUCAAUAGAACAGAAGCCGCGAAUGUGGAGAAACUUGUGUCGAAAUUGAUAAAAGCAGGCGUUCAACCACAUCAAAUCGGUGUUAUUACUCCGUAUGAGGGACAACGUAGUUUUAUAGUCAAUUAUAUGCAUACACAAGGAACUCUCAACUCGAAACUCUAUGAAAAUGUCGAAAUUGCUAGUGUUGACGCUUUUCAGGGUCGCGAAAAAGACUAUAUCAUCGUAACGUGUGUUCGAUCGAACGAUAUUCUCGGAAUCGGAUUUCUCAGUGAUCCACGUCGUCUCAACGUUGCAAUUACACGUGCCAAAUACGGUUUGGUUCUAGUCGGAAAUGCAAAGGUCUUGGCACGACAUGAUCUAUGGCAUGAGCUGAUUAAUCACUAUAAAUCGAAGGAAAUGCUCUACGAGGGACCGAUUAACGCGCUGAAACCGCUGAAUUUGGCAUUGCCAAAGGCGACGAUUCGCACCAAGAAUAAUAUAGCGGGCAACGCAAAUCGAUUCGGAAUCAAACGUAUGCAAUAUACAUUCAAUGAAUACAAAUCCAAUGAUCCAUCACAACCACGUCUUCCACCAACAUAUUCAAACUCACAGAAUCUGUUGAGUAUGAGCAAGUUGGCUCAGACUUUUAACAAGAAUGUGCCCAUCCCAGCACAUAUGAUGGAUCCGAAUGUCUAUGCGGCCGCUAGAAAUCAGAAAGACCGCCGCCGUGGUGACCAACGCCGUCCUCCUCCACAAGCUGAAGCAGCAAUGGAUUUAUCGCAAGGAAUGAUGUCUCAACAAUCUCAACAAUAUCCACCACAAGGAGCUUCUUCUCAAUCACAAUAUCUUCUCGACGGAGCUUCAUCACUAUCCGGAUGGUCUCAAUCUCAGACCACGACCACCACCACGCGUCACCACCACCACCGUCAAAACCGCAACUCUCAGCAGCAAAUGUCUCAGGAUAUGGACGAUAUUCAGCAGAAAAUGGACGAUUUGCUCUUUUCGCAGGAUUGCUGAGAGCCCGGAGAGCAAGGGCUGGCUAUUGGAUAUUUGUCGGGGCUUGGAAGAGGAGAAAAUCGUUUUUCGGAUCGAUUUUUUUGGAGCACAUUGGCUAUCUGUUCCCCCUGUUUUCUUAUUGAUCUACCUAUUUAUCUUCGCUAUAUAUAUAAUCGCUUUAAAAAAAUCUUCCAAAAAAUCACAAAAAAAAGGACAUUUUCCCAAAUAUUCGCGCAUAAAUCUCUGAAAAUUCACUAUUUUUGCUUGAUUUUCUCUCGAAAAUCCGAAAUUUUUAGAAAAAUUCCCAAAAAAAAAAAAAAGAAGUUUUCCAACUAUUUUCGUCAAAAAAUUGAAUUUUUCUAUUAUUCCAUCAAAAUUCAUCAUAAAAUUUAAUUCUUUAGCUGAAAAAAUCACAAUUUUUCCAAUAUCUCCCAUCAAAAUGUGAAAAUUUUCCGAAAAAAGGGCUUGUUUUCGCUUGAAAUGCAAUUUUUUUAAAGAAAAAACAAAAUCUUCCAAAAAAUUCAAAAACGGGAAAUACAGUUUUUUAGCUGAAAAAAUCACAAUUUUUCCAACAUCUCCCUUCAAAAUUUGAAAAUUUUCCUUUUUUUUUCCCCAAUAUUCGUAGAAAAAUCACUAUUUUUGCUUGAUUUUCUCUCGAAAAUCCAAAAUUUCAGAAAAAUCGCAAAAACAUGAGGUUUUCCAACUAUAGUUUUCAUCCAAAAAUCAGAAAAUCACCUUUUUCCAUCAUUAUUCCAUCAAAAUUCGUUAAACAUAAUUUUUUGUCGCGAAAGUUAAGAUUUUUCCCAAAAUCCCUGAGAAAAAUCCGAAGUUUUCGAAAAAUCGCAAAAAACCAAGUUUUCUAACUAUGUUCAUCCACCAAAAAUCAGAAAAUUCAACAAAAAAAGAACAAAAAUCGUAAAAAAAAAAUUUUUUAGCGCGAAAAUUGAGUUUUUCCCCCCAAAAUCUCUGGAAAAAAUCACUAUUUUUGUUUGAUUUUCACUCGAAAAUUCAUCGUUUUUCAAAAAAUUCGAAAAUCCUAAAAAAUUCAGAUUUUCCCAGUUUUUCGCGAACAUAAAUGCAAAAUUCUCUGAAAAAUCACAUUUUCACCAAGUUUUGUCUCAAAAAUAUCGAAAUUUACAAGUUUUUUUAACUAGAAAAAUGUCUGAAAAUGUCAUUUUUAAACAUUAUUCCUCCCAUUGUUAAUUUAUUUUUUCUUGUUAAUCAUUUUCCUAAAAAUGUUCGGUUUUUUACCACUCAUUCCCCCCGUUUUUAUGUGUAAACUUUGGUGUUUUUUUUUUAAAAUAAUUUUACCCCCAAUUUUCCAGAAAAAGUCUCAAAAAUUGAGAUUUUCAUAUAAAAAUCCGGUUUUUCCCGCAAAUUUGCCCCCUAAAAAUGCAAUUUUCCUGGUUUUUGCUUCUUUAAAAUCAUUAUCCUGCUGUGUUUUUUGUCUUUUUCGUUUUUGUGGUAUUAAAUUUGAAUUUCUG